AAACCCUCGAAUAAACUUACCCUGCUGGACUCCCGGUCGGUUCAGGGGGAGCUGGGCUGGAUAGCAAGCCCCCUGGAAGGAGGGGGAAGUUGGAAAUCAAGGGCAAAAGGGUGGGAGGAGGUAAGCAUUAUGGAUGAGAAGAACACUCCGAUCCGCACCUAUCAAGUGUGCAACGUGAUGGAGCCCAGUCAGAAUAAUUGGUUACGAACUGAUUGGAUUCCCCGUGAGGGGGCUCAGAGGGUUUAUAUUGAAAUCAAGUUCACGCUAAGAGACUGCAACAGCCUGCCAGGCGUCAUGGGAACUUGCAAAGAGACUUUCAACCUUUACUACUACGAAUCGAACAACGAUAAGGAGCGUUUCAUCCGAGAGAGCCAGUUUGCCAAGAUCGACACCAUCGCCGCUGACGAGAGCUUCACCCAGGUGGACAUCGGCGACAGGAUCAUGAAGCUGAACACAGAGAUACGGGACGUGGGGCCGCUGAGCAAGAAGGGGUUUUACUUGGCUUUCCAGGACGUCGGUGCCUGCAUUGCUUUGGUGUCCGUUCGUGUCUUCUACAAGAAGUGCCCGCUGACGGUGCGAAACCUGGCGCAGUUUCCAGACACCAUCACUGGGGCCGAUACGUCCUCCUUGGUGGAGGUUCGCGGCUCCUGUGUCAACAACUCGGAAGAGAAGGAUGUGCCAAAAAUGUACUGCGGGGCAGAUGGCGAGUGGCUGGUGCCCAUUGGCAACUGCCUGUGCAACGCUGGCUACGAAGAACGCAACGGCGAAUGCCAAGCUUGCAAAAUCGGAUACUACAAGGCUCUCUCGACAGAUGUUGCUUGUGCCAAAUGCCCGCCUCACAGCUACUCCGUCUGGGAAGGCUCUACCUCCUGCACCUGCGAUCGGGGCUUUUUCCGAGCUGAAAAUGAUGCUGCCUCCAUGCCCUGCACUCGCCCUCCAUCCGCUCCCCAGAACCUGAUUUCCAACGUCAACGAGACGUCGGUGAACUUGGAGUGGAGCCCCCCCCAGAACAAAGGUGGCCGAGAAGACAUCUCCUACAACGUGGUGUGCAAGAGGUGCGGCGCCGGCGACCUCGGCCGCUGCCGGUCCUGCGGCAGUGGGGUGCACUUCAGCCCCCAGCAGAACGGCUUGAAAACCACCAAAGUUUCCAUUACUGACCUCCUGGCACACACGAACUACACCUUUGAAGUCUGGGCGGUGAAUGGGGUGUCCAAACAGAACCCCAGCCAGGACCAAGCUGUGUCGGUCACUGUGACAACUAACCAAGCAG